CCAGUGAUCUCGCCACUUUUACAGCAGUAGGAGAAGCGGAGCGUGAGACUGGGCGUUAAUGACUCAAUUUUCACGUUAUUUUUAAUCAACCAUGGCCGUCAAGGCACUCGACUGAUUACUGAAAGCCUCCGGUUUUAUUUUUUGUUAACAUUAGAAACUCCAGCGCGUGGAAAACUCGAGUUUGAAGAGCCUGCGCGUGUGAAAGAGUUGGGCGUGAGGCGUCGUCGGGGUGGCUGCCUCAUUUAAACCACUUGUGCAUGAGAGUUCUUUCUUCCUCGCAUUUGUUUUUUUCAACUUCUUUGACUUCUUAUAUCGUUCGAAACUCCAGAAAGAUGGGGUGCACCCUGAGCUCGGACGACAAGAGCGCCCAGGAGAGGAGUAAAAUGAUUGACAAAAACCUGCGGGAUGAUGGAGAGAAAGCGUCGCGAGAGGUCAAGCUGCUGCUGCUGGGGGCUGGUGAAUCUGGAAAGAGUACAAUUGUCAAACAGAUGAAGAUCAUCCAUGAAGCAGGCUACUCAGAGGAAGAGUGCAAACAGUUCAGAGCAGUGGUCUACAGCAACACUAUCCAGUCCAUCAUCGCCAUCAUAAGGGCCAUGGGUCGCCUGAAGAUUGACUUUGCGGAUCCUGGGCGGGCUGAUGAUGCAAGGCAGCUGUUUGUGCUGGCCGGCUCUGCAGAUGAGGGAUACAUGACGAGCGAGCUGUCAGGAAUCAUCCUGCGGCUGUGGAAGGAUGGUGGUGUUCAGGCUUGUUUCAGUCGCUCCAGAGAGUACCAGCUCAAUGACUCUGCCUCAUACUAUCUGAAUGACCUAGACAGAAUAUCCAGUCCUUCCUAUGUCCCAACUCAGCAAGAUGUCCUGAGGACCAGGGUGAAGACAACUGGUAUUGUAGAAACCCACUUCACUUUCAAGGAUCUUCACUUCAAAAUGUUUGAUGUGGGCGGCCAGAGAUCCGAGAGAAAGAAAUGGAUCCACUGUUUUGAGGGAGUGACCGCCAUCAUCUUCUGCGUGUCUCUCAGUGACUAUGACCUCGUUUUGGCUGAAGAUGAGGAAAUGAACCGAAUGCAUGAGAGUAUGAAACUAUUUGACAGCAUCUGCAACAACAAGUGGUUCACGGAUACUUCCAUCAUCCUGUUUCUCAACAAGAAGGAUCUGUUUGACGAAAAGAUAAAAAGAAGCCCACUUACGAUUUGUUUCCCUGAGUAUACUGGAUCCAGCACGUAUGAGGAUGCAGCUGCUUACAUUCAGUGUCAGUUUGAGGACCUGAAUAAGAAGAAGGACACCAAGGAGAUCUACUCCCACUUCACCUGCGCCACCGACACCAAGAACGUGCAGUUUGUCUUUGACGCCGUCACUGACGUCAUCAUCAAAAACAACCUUAAGGACUGUGGGCUCUUCUAAAACAAGCCAUCUCACUGUGUGACUGCGAGUGGCCUGAUGUGAAAUCUUUGGGAGAACUAGAGCAGGAGGAAGGUCAACCAUGAACCUGAAUGUUGAAUGCAUUACUUAACUGUAUAUUUAUGUUCUCCAAACAUUUUAGGUUUUUUUUUUUUAGUGCGUUUUAGGGAGGGGAAAAAAAGAGCAUUUUGUGUAAAAUAUUUGUACAACUAAUUGUUGCUGAAAUUUUUCACCAUUAUUAGACGUUGAUUUACAGGCCCUUUUUAAGGGUAUUUUUCAAUCAAAGGGAUUUGGGGAACAUUAUUUAGUCUCUUUCUGUCUUUAAGGUCAUGUGCCUUUUAGUUAAUGUUGCGUGCUUUUUUUCCCCCACUUCAGCUAAGUUACUUAUGAACCAGCUGAUAUUUAUCCACACGGCUUUAAUCUGUUCAAUAGUAGUCUAGACAAUGAAAGCUAGAUAUUUUGAGACCAAAAACCUGUGGUUGAUCUCAGAGCUGUGAAUUCAGUGGGAAAAAUCCAAGCAUGUCUGAACCUCAGAAUAGUUCUGAAAAUCCUUGUGCUGAUCUGAGCGCAGCCGUCAUUACCAGCGAAGUGUGUGCGUUGUCAGAUUUGCCUGUGAUUGGAAUGAUGGAAAAACUGUGGUGAGCCUGAAAUUUGCUGAUGAAUUGGUUCAUCUGCACCUGCAAAUCAUGAACUGUUUUAAUGGAGAACUUGGCAAAAGGUCAACAUUUUGCAUUAAUAGGCAAUUUUUUAUUGAUCAAAGGGAACCAUUUUUGAAUCCAUUAAAAGGGACCAAAGAAUUUCUCUUCAGAAUUUCUAUAACAAUUUUUGCACAUACCCAUGUUACAUAACACAUGAUUUGACAACCUGUACAAUGUAAUGUCAUAUAGAAGCCCUCAGUAGGAGUCUUCUCUAAUAGUAACAUGGUCAAUUAAACUGGUUUUAAAUUUAACAUCCCUUAAAUGUAGGUUCUCAUUGGAUGGGGACAGAUGUUGACUUAUAUUCGCUAUUUUGCUAAUAAAAAUGCUGUUGAAAUAACAGCAUCCUGAAAUAAGA